AGUUGUUGUAUCUCAAUUUUCAUCUUCUUCUUCAUCAAUCUUUAAUUUGUUGUUCGUAAUCAUUCACCCUCCAUUAAUGUCUUCUUCUACAGAAAAUCGUAGCUCGCUAUGGAGAGACAUCCUAAUAUCAUCCAACCUCGUAACCAAACCUAACUCAGGACAUUUUCGCGCCCUUUCUAUCCUCUUCCUUUGCCCUAUCCUUUUCACUCUCAUCGUAUAUCCUUCUUUCCACCUCUCCCUCUUUCACCCCGAUUACGAUUUCACCAUUUCCACUCAACUUUCCCUCUCCAAUUUUGAAAUUAUCGCACUCAUAAUAUGCACUCUGUUUUUAGUCCUGUUUUACCUCUGUACCGUAGCCACAUUUACAUACAGCACCAUUCAAGCAUCUUAUGGUAGACCGAUCAACGUUGUUUCGUCUAUUAAAUCUAUCAGAAAUUCGUUUUUCCCUCUUCUCUCCACUUUUGUUAUUUCUCAUACUAUUCUCAUUUCAAUCACACUCAUUUUCGCAUUAGUCUUAUCCCGACUAAUUGAACUCAAAUACUAUCUGAUCAAUCACUUGAUUAUUUUUGCGAUAAUUGUACUCGUACCAAUUCUGAUUUGGCUACAGGUAAACUGGUCAUUAGCUUAUGUAGUAGCAGUGGUUGAAUCAAAAAAGGGUUACGAGUCACUAAGAAGAAGCGCGUAUUUAGUGAAGGGGAUGGGAUCAAUAGCUUUAUCGAUGGUGCUAUUUUACGGGCUUGUGAUGGGAUGUUCAUUGGGUGGUUGUUCCAUGUAUUUAGUCGCCAUGGGUACAGCAAAGGGCGAACAAUGGAGGUUCUUAAAGGUCAUAUUGUUGCAGAUAUUUCAAAGUUCUGCAGUCGGAUAUAUGAUGAUGAAUCAAUAUCUUAUUGGAAAAGCUGUGUUGUAUACGUAUUGCGACGACUUGAAGAUGGGAGACGAUGAAUUUGUCAAUGAAUACGUAUCUCUUAACAUGGUGUGAUAUUUUUCGCAAACAUCUUUUGAAACUAUGGCCCUUUGCCUCCACAAUAGAAUCUCCAAUUAUAUCAAAGGGGUUCAAUAGUUUCGAUAUAUUGUAGCAAAAAGUAUUCAUUUUACCCUAUUUAUAUUAGUUUAUAUUGUGAAGAUAGGCUCAUCAAGAUUUUUCUUGUAAAUCUUUUCGCAAUAAUUUCUAGAAGUA